UUUAAAGAGUUGCAGCAGCACGUUGGGACGUGUAACCCUAUAUUUUUCGUAACCCUGCUACUUACUCUAUAACUUGAACUAUUGUUUACUCAACACAAACUGUUCUGUGAUUGUGAGGACAGAACUCAAGACAUUAAUUCAAGUAUUUAACAAAUGUAUUUCCAGAUCCUGUGAUUUUGUUGUAAGUAAAUAUAUGAAAUAAUAAUGUAACACAAAUGUAGCUACACUGUAGUUUAAAUACCUGUAUUUUUAAGUGCAUCUGAAAUGUUGAACUCUGGUAAGGAUUGUAUCCUAUUAAAUCCCCUUAAAACUGAGAUUUGUCAUUUGUUAUUACUGUAGAGAUCAUAAGCUAAGCAACAUCAAGAAUGAUCACAAUACUGAAGGUGACAAGAAAUAUAAAUGGGCUGUACAGAUUCGGUUGAUACAGCUAAAUAGUUAACAUGAUGUUGACAUAUGUAUUAAUCUAGGAUUUAUUUAGCCGUCAGCUGGGAAUUAUAAUACUGACACAAUGUUCUCCCAUUCCUAAAUUAUUGUGUGUUUUGGAGAGGCACACAUGACAGAACAGGAACAUAAUAUAAGAUGGUUUUGAUCAAGUAGCCUGUUACAUUGAUUUGGUGACUAUAAUCAUGUGUUUUUGCACACUGGUAUUUCUAUUUUUCCUAAAGGUGGAGCAUAUCUCCCAGCAGCCAAAAUGUUGUGUUUCCCAUUAAAAAUAAUUAGAUUCAGUACCUGAGGAGAGAUUGCACAAGUAGAGCCUUUAUGAUUCAUUCCACCUAUUCAUGAACUGGAACCUGCUAGGAUGACUCAUGCUCAGGGAGAAUUUGGUAUAUGAAAUCCUUUUUUUCCUAUUAUGAAUCUCAGAGCAAGAAACUGCAGUUAUACAAGAUCUGGAGAUGAUAUUUGAAACCAGUCCAGCUUCUUUAUACUGUCAAUCCCCCAACCUGCAGGACUCUAACUAAACCCUCUUGGCUGAAACUUGAUUGUUACAACGUGUCCAUCAACAUGACGGGGUUCCAGCUUUUUUUUCUACUUGUUCUUCCCCUGGUGAGCACCAUGCAUUCUGAUUGCAUGAUUAAAAGGGACCAGGAACUUUGCCUGGAGAACAUCCAACGGGAAAAUAGCUUUGAUGAUCCGACCAUAGGAUGUCCUGGCAUGUGGGAUAACAUCACCUGUUGGAAGCCUGCUAAGAUUGGGGAAGUUGUUGAAGUCCCCUGUCCAGAGUUUUUUGGAAUUGUAGGUUCUGAAGAUGACUUUGUACACAUCAGCAGAAACUGCUCUGAAUAUGGCUGGUCAGAACCUUUCCCACAUUAUUAUGAUGCUUGUGGUUUUAAUGAGAAUGAAACCCUUCAUGAGGAUCUGUAUUUUGUGUCAGUGAAGGCUCUAUAUACAGUUGGAUACAGCACAUCCCUAAUCUCUCUCACGACUGCAAUGGUGAUUCUCUGUCGUUUCAGAAAACUUCACUGCACCAGGAAUUUCAUUCACAUGAACCUUUUUGUGUCGUUUAUUUUACGAGCCAUAUCAGUUUUCAUUAAAGAUGGAGUCCUCUAUGCUGAAGAGGAGAAUAAUCACUGUGUUUCAACAAUUGAAUGUAAAGCAGUGAUGGUGUUUUUCCACUACUGCGUCAUGUCAAACUACUUCUGGCUCUUUAUUGAAGGGCUCUACCUAUUUACCUUGUUGGUGGAGACCUUCUUCCCUGAACGGAGAUAUUUUUAUUGGUACACAAUCAUUGGAUGGGGGACUCCUACUGUUUGUGUCACCACCUGGGCUGUGCUUAGAUUACACUUUGAUGACAAUGGGUGCUGGGAUACGAAUGAGAACACUGCUCUGUGGUGGGUGAUCAAAGGACCUGUUGUUGCUUCGAUUAUGAUAAACUUUGUUCUCUUUAUUGGAAUUAUAAUUAUCCUUGUGCAAAAACUACAAUCACCUGACAUUGGAGGCAAUGAAUCCAGCAUGUACUUUAUCUUGCUGGAAAGAAGGGAGAAACAUGGGAUAGAUCAUAGCAGCUGUGUUCAGAAAUGCUACUGUAAGCCUAAGAGGGCUAACCAGCAUUCUUGCAAGAUGUCAGAACUAUCUACCAUUACCCUGAGACUGGCCCGUUCAACUCUUCUGCUGAUCCCACUUUUUGGAAUUCACUACACAGUAUUUGCCUUUUCCCCUGAGAACGUGAGUAAAAAGGAACGGCUCGUCUUUGAACUUGGUCUCGGAUCAUUUCAGGGGUUUGUUGUUGCAGUUCUGUACUGCUUUCUGAAUGGGGAGUUUCUCCCUAAAGGUGCAGUCAGAAAUAAAGAGGAAAUGGAGGAGCUGGAAAGUCAACCGGUACUUUGCUGUGGAUUUAAAACAUCGUCAUCCGUCACUGGCGAGCAGCGGAGUGAACGGGGGGACGCAACUGUCAAUUCUGAGCAAGAGCAGCUCUCAGAUUCGGAUGUCGAGCAUAAAUGCGGAGAACCUGCCGACAUGAAGUGUUAAAGGCUUCCACUAUAAUUCAGUCCUGCAGGAAGUAAAAGCUGGCAACACCACGUUCCUGGUGCCUAAGAGUGAGACAAACAAGAAAGAGUAAAGAAAGGAUCAUUCAUGUAUAUAUCAUACUAUUAAAAGAUGCAUCUCAUUUUAUGAAAUUCUGCACUCAAAUUCAUCUCAUUUCAGGUGAUGUACUGUGUAUAAGAAAUUGAUAUUGUGUGUUAUGUGGAGUGCAGUCAUCAAUCACUAGCUUACAUUCUCUUAAGAUGCACAAACAAAACAUCUCUGAAUGUUUCUACAAAUGCAUAUUAUGAAUUACAAAAUUUAUCAGAACCACUAAGUCUGUUAGACAUAGCCAGUCUUAUUUUCAAAUGUGAAAUGAAAAACCUGUUACCUAAAAAUCAGUGGGUUAGUUUGUUUGCACACCUAGUAACGUUUCUUGCUGACAUUACCUGGAACCUGGCAUCUGUAAAUACACAUUUCUGAAGGGUAAUUGCUUAAUUACAUAUUGCUUUCAAUAUAAACAAAAGUUAUUUUUUGUUCUAUUUAAAUAGUGUUAAAGAAGAAAUGUGUGGUUUCUCCUGGUUUCUAGAAAGAAAAAAAACACAUAUUAACCUGUGUGAUUAAGUUGUUGGCAAGCUUGCAGUAUUUCCUUAAUUUACAAUAAAUGUUCUAACUUUAAGACAGUUGUAAUAAAUUCUCUGACUUUAAGUCAUGUCUAGAAAGACUACCAUGUUCAGCUUGACUAUAGCUUGGAGACUAUAAAAAUGCAAAACCAAGAACAAAAUUGUAUGACAGAUCAGCAAGAGAUUUUUACUGUGAUUUGUAUGUAUUUCUACAAGCUACAGAUACCACAAACCCACUCAGAAACAUGUUUGUUUGAUAUUGAAGCCAAUAUACUACAGAUAUCAAUUAAAAGUAUUUGAACAGUUAAAAAUAUCAGCUGGGUUUAACAGCAUAUAUAUUUUUACUAUAAAAGCAUGUACAUACUAGUGUCAUUGUAAUAAUGUAGCAGAAACCAUUUCUGCUAAUUGUGUUUUAUCCAACAGAAGCAACAAACAUUCAACAAUUUUAAACGUAUAGUGUUGGUCUUUGCAGGGCACAUCAGUGCAGUAUAUGGCACUGUGUCUAAAUGACUAACAAUGUUGUGCCUGUUGAAUGUGUUAUACUGUAUUAAUCAGGAGAGAAGAGUAGCAGGAGGCUGUGGUUCAUAGUACUGUCCAAAGUACUGACUGAAAGUGGUAUUGGACUUGUAGUGGUCUAUUUUAAUGAUCUAAACGUGGUGGAUUUAAAAACCACCCCCAAUUUAAACCUGCUAUAUAAUGAGGGCAGCGAUAUCAAGACACGUCGAAAAAAUAAGUUUUACAAAUAAUGUUACUGUAAGAUCCAUUUGUUGUUCUUUAUUGCUUUACAGAUUUUGUAAAAAAAAAAAGGGCAAAUACUCAAUGCUGCAGGGCAAACUAAAUAAUGCAGUGACUUACUUUUGUUGUUAAAUACAGUAACAUACCCUGCAGACAAUCAGUUCACCUUUGGAAAGCAAUCAGUUACUUUUUCCUGCUCCUUCUUAUUCAUGUCUAUGUUCUGAAAGAUCAUACUGUGACUUAUCAGCGUUCAAAGCACAUGCAACAUCCACUUGUUAGCUCCACUUUUCAGUCGCUCAACAGCUUUCAGCUUUUCUUCAACAGACACAUCCUUUUGUUUUAACAUAUUUAGGCAGACAGUACAUUUUCAGUUUAUUCACAUUAAGCUCCAGGCAGCAAAGUGUUCAACUGCCAAAAGUUCCAAAUAGUCUGAUGGAGGUAUUUUUUAUUCAGAGGCAUGCGCAGUUCAUUUCUAGUGGUAAUAUUUUAAAGACUGUUGAAAAAGCCAAUUCUAGGACCACAGUAUAUCUCAGUUUAGUGAGGCACUAUAUAUAGAGAGGUGGGUGUACUAGCACUUUAAUUAUAUGUUUAUCCAGCAUGGAUUUUAUAGACUUUGCUGUAUAAAAUACAAAUACAGUGACGUGAGGUUUGAAAAAUCUGGUUUAUUCAUUUUAGGAUGUAAAUAAAGAUCUGCAACUGUUAAAAUGAUUCAAAUAGAUUUCAGUGUCUGAAGCAAGCUGUAAUGUAAGGGGGGACUUUGCCAAAAACAAUUCUCAUGAUUAUGGAUCAUGAGAUCUUCUGUGAAUAGUAUGUAGACUUGUGUGUUUAUGUGUUUAUGUGACAUCCAUAUGACACUCUGACCUUACUUUAAAAAAAUGCUACUGGAGUCCAAUCUGUAGAGUUGCUUUCAAGCAAAAUGUGUUCUGCAUUUUCUUUUAAGAUAAUAGUGAGGUAGCUGCAUAUAAUUAUUUACCUUUAGUAUUUGCUGUUAAAAUAGUUUAUUUGUAUGGCUUUAUGAAUGGAUUCUAUUAUGUAAAGAAUGAUAACCAGAGCUGUGGUUUUAGUAAUUGGUGAUUGUUUGUUUGUUUGCUGUGCUCAUUUUUUGGAAAUAUUAACAAGUGUUUAUUGAAUGUGGAUAUUAAUGUUUUAUUUUACCAAGGGGAUGUGCUUUUUCUCUGUGACAUUAGUAAACAGUUUCAGGUAAAACUAGCACAGCCUUGCAGUGUUUCACAGGUAUUAUUAGAUUGAAUGUUUACUGCUCUUCAUUCUAAACUCCUGGAAUAGAAGAAUGUAUAGAAGUACAUUUCACUGAGUAGGCCAUUAUAAUUAGGCUUUUGCUUAAACUAGUCUGAAGAUUUAAGUUACUUCUCAUUGUGUUUAUGCCACACUGUUUUUUCCCAUUCAAACAUUUUGCCCAGCAAAUCAGCUAUUUCCUUUGUUUUUAAUUUAGGUUUUCUUAUUUUAGUUCCCAAAGUGCCUUUUGGUGAAAGUAUGGAAUUCAGUGGUAUUCGAUAAGUGUAAUUUUGGUGAGUGUUUUGAUUUUCUGAGUAAUAUAUUAAACCUAAACCAUACAAUAUAGCCAAGUGAUUUAAUAUACUUCAAAAAUGUAAUAAACCAAGAGGCCUUUCCAAAUGUUUCAGACCACAGCUGAAGAACUUGACUUUCAACAGCCCCAUACCUCCCUUUUAAUUGAUAAAACUGAUGGAAAUAUGUCACCAUGUGCAUUAUACAUAAUAAUGUUAAACUCAAUCUUAAAUGCAACUUUGCAUUUAAAGACACAUAUUUGUAGAGUAUGUUGUGACAACCCUUUGCAAUGUUGAUGUUAGUACCUUUUGAUUACAAAACUUUUUUGUUCACUUUGUAAAAUCCAGAAUUAUUUAAAAAAGACAAGACCCUGGGCCAAAUUGUUACAAUAAUUUUACUAAUUUAAUAAAACCUUGUGUCUCUAAUGCAUUAAUAAAUCUGUUGUCUUAUACAAGCACAGGGAUUAUACAUCAUGGUAGUUGGAGAUGGUUUUACAGGCAGAUUAACAGUUACAGUAUGUGCAGAAUGCAUACAAUCAUAUUCUUUCAAUGGUAUAGAAACACCUGGUCAUAGUAACAGAAACUACAUACAUGAAAUAAAUAUUUUGCCUGGUUGAAGUAAAUCAUGACUUGAUUUGGCCUACGAUGAGGUCAGUAGCUUGUAUUGGGAGCAAUGAUUUAUUUGGAGAUAGUUUGAUCAGAAUUGGAGGGUUUUCAUACCAGUCAGGCGUUUUUUGUGGCAUUACUCAGCAAAGGUUAUAUGUUGACAUUGUUUUAUAAAUAUUCUAUAUGACUAAAUGUGACUUCUAUUAUUUAACACACACACACACACACACACACACACACACACACACACACACACACACAUAUAUAUAUAUAUAUAUAUAUAUCGGUUUCGUGCACACAACUAAUACUAUUCAUAAAAAUUAUCCAACUAAUGUAGAUUGAUAACACUUUGUGGAAUGUAAUAUUCUGAAAAGCUAGUUAUUACAAAAGUGUUAUUUUAUUUUACUGUUUGUUGAAAUAAAUUGGUCUAGUUUAACAGUACUAGUGGUUGUGGUGUUGUAUGUGAAUAUCACAAAAAUGUAAAUAUGUCAUAUUGGUCAAUACAAGUUAAGGCCAACAUUAGGCUACUAUAUCAAUAUUUUCAAUAAUGGAGUGACAAUAGAUGCAAAUAACUCAGAUAUGUAAUAUUUGUUUCACUGGUGAUACUGCUGGAAGUGUACAGCCUAAAUGUCACCAUAUAUAUAUAUAUAUAUAUAUAUAUAUAUAUAUAUAUAUAUAUAUAUAUAUAUAUAUAGACAGCAGCAUGCAUCUGUGGUGUUCUACUUACAUUUCAAAUAACUGUGCGGUCCUAACUACUCAAGUGUGUAGUAUACAAACAUUUUUAAUAGCACUUGUAUACAUUAUUCUUUUGCUUGGAUAUGCAAAGGGGCUUCAUUCAAUCAACAUUUAUCUAGUUAUAGAAAAACAAAUUCAUGCAAAAAAACACAGUAAAUCUGGAUCCAUUUUACUUAUUCGAUUGAUGCUGAAAGUGUUAAAUGGUUUGGGGAGCAAAAAAAACACAUUUCUUACAUUUUAAAGUUACGAUGCAGGAGUCCAGAUAGGAAAUGUAAACCACCAGUGAUGUACAGUAAUAACUUAUUACUGUGCAUGCAUGAAAUGAUUCUGCUGUACAGUAUUUCAUGUUUAUUCACUAUAGUACACACAAGCCAGCAACCAUAGUAAGUUUUAAACCAUAGAAAAUGACCCGUGUUAAAACUGUUCAAUUAAAACUACAAUAGUUAGGCAUCAUCAACUGGGUGUUCUGCUUUGAUUAAAAAUGACAGAUAAGUCCACUUGCAUAUUGCAUGCUUUAAUACAAGAAAACAGAUUAUUCCCACACAUUACUAGCUAUUCUACAGUUCUAGAAAUGCUCUUGACUACCACCACUGAUUGCUAAAGGUUGUUGGUUCUUGAGAAUAGAGUGGGGAAUCAAAAGCCAAAAUAUUUAGGUUAUUUUUUAAUUGGAUUUUUUAAACUUUGUUUCUCCCUUUUUAUAGACAAUACAGUAAUAUGUAAUACUAAACAGAAAACAACAUUUAUUUUUGUACUGUGAAUAUAACAUUUACUUUUAACACCACAAAAGUAAAAUUACUGUGGUUCCCACUCCAAUCGGCUCACCUUGAGAUUUGAAAACAAAAGAGCAUUAAUCCAUACUGUAUUUAGCUUGCUUGUUUUUAAUUUAAAUACAAAUUAAUUGAAAAUGUUGCUAGUGUAAUAUAAACUUGGUAAUACUAAAAGAAACGUAAUAAAUUCAAUCACAGAUGUUUCCGCUAGAAGUCUUUCUCCAUGUCUUCAAUGCUACAGUAAAGAAAGUGGCUGCGUUUACAACAAUUUUAGGAAGCUAAAGCAAUAUGUUAUUUUCCCAUAAUUCAUUAUGUUGUCACAUGCAUAUUAAAUGUAUUUAUUUUUUGUUAAGUGCUUGAUAAAAGUGGUACGACCUGUAGGUUUUUAUUUUCGUUUUUGCUUUCAAAAUAGUGUACUGUACCAUUCACGAUUUAAAAUGAUGCUCUUACAGUUUUAGGUUUAUUUAAAUAAUGGCUGUUUCUGGAAGUCAAGGAACAGUCUUUCAUUAACACUCAGUUUGCUGACUUUUAUUUUCCUGUAAAAUCUAUAACAGUAAUUAUGUGCCGAUCUAGUGUUUGCUUACCUUACUUGAGCAUUGGAUCCUAAAUAGCAAGUAUUUAAAUGCAUACAAAUAUAUCAGUAAGGUGUUGCCAGAUGGUCUUAGAUUUCUUUUGUAUAACUCGUUCACACAUGAAAAGGAAUCAACCAGUGUCUUGAAAUGUAUUCGUCCAGACAUAAAGCCCUAAUUUUUACAUUUAAAAUUGUUGUAAUCCUUGAAGAAAGCAUUAACAGUCCCUGAAAAUGUAAGUUAAAAGUUAAAAGUAGAUUGUCUGCUCAACAUGUUUAUGGGGUUGUAGCAAUGAGUGGUAUACAUUUUCUUAGAAGCUGCCAACGCCUACAGUACCCCUUCCAGAUUGAUGAUAUUCAAUCUGCAAUUUUCCUGUAUGAUGUUGACUUCUGUAAUAAGUAAGAUUUUGUACAUUUUAUAAGGACAACAUGUGGUACAGUGGUAAAAUAGGUGCUAUAAACCCAAUGUUGAGCAUUCCAUUCCAAUAUCGUUCUUUUCAUUAUACUUCUUUCCCCAAUAAUAAUAAUUAACACAUAGAAGUUUGUUUUAAACCAUCCAAAAAUGCAGGAAAUCGAACACUUUAUCGUAUUACAAAGGUACACCAAUGGCAUACCACUCCCUUUUUUCUGUUGUAAAAGACUGAGACAGAUUCUCAAAGAUAUUUACUCCAAAUUGUCAUGGGCACAUUUUUCCAGGAUGGACAAAACACUGAUUACAAUUAUAAAACAAAUAAGAAAAAUAGUUUAGAGACUUUACUGGGUGCAUUCUUUCUUUUUGAAAACAAUAUGCUGAUGACCUUUGACAAUCUAGCUCUUUUAGUCUAAACUUUUGUCAUUAAAUGUACUAUAAACCACUUUAAAGAAACCCAUAAUUAGACUACAUACAUUUUAGCAACAAAUGACUGUAAAGCUGUAUUUUGCAUAGUAUGUAAUAGCUAUUUAGCAACAGUAUGCCUUUGUAUUGUUUCAGAUUUAAGGACUGAAAACCAUAUUGUUAUGUGUAUAAAGUAACAAAGUCUGUAUAGGCUAACGUUACAAAUUAUUUUAAAUACAAAAGGGUGCUUCUUCAUAUACAAUUAAGUUAUUUUUGAUUGAAGUACCGGUACAUUUAAACAUGACAUAUUUCUAAGCAGUUGGGCAUACAUGCAUGAAGCUGUUAAUUGAAAAGUCUAUUUACAUUACGUACUCCAACCUCCCAUUGUCAAGAGUCAGAAUUGUAGCAUGUUUGUUCAGAUGUUAGUUAAGGUUAGGGACUGUCUGUACACUGUGUAUGUCAGUUUAUAUUGGUUGUAUCAACUGGAGCUUGAAUAUGUAUAUGUAAGCAAUCAACCAAUUCAAUUAAACAUUUCUACUAGUAACAGCCAAACAGAAACACAAAUGGUAAAUGGUAAUGUGGACAGUUCUUGAUGUCAUAUUUUAAAAGUUGAAUGUAUUUCAUGAAUAGACGAUGUAUCAAGCAAUGCUUUUCUCUGUUAAGUUGGGAUCGUUUGCCUGCUGUUUUUUCACCGUGAUGUAAAUGUGUAUGUGUUUGAGGUAUCUAUUACAAGUUUUGUACAUUAUUUAAAUACUGCCUUCAAUUGCAUUAAAUGUUUUGACAGUGGAAA